AUGUGGAAAGGGAUUGCCCUGCAACGACUGCGGAAACCGAUCUUGGGUCCUGCGCUGGAGUCCCAGACUCUGACGCCAGACACCGCAGGGUGUGGAGAAGCGUCGGGGAAACUGCUAAAAGGGAAGUCGGUAAUCAGAGGGCACAAAUCAGGUUGGAGACUGGGCCGAGCAUCCCGAUUUUCACGACAUUCCGAGUUGGUCGGGCUCCUGCAGGGCACUACAAACCCCCAACUUGCCGGACGGGAUCGAACCAACCACGGCAUCGGCAGCACCACCCGCAAGCCCACCCACGAAGCCUCAAAACGAGGAGUUUCGGAGGGCGAUGAGGGCACGAAAACGCGGGCGCACACCGGCCAUCCGAUACUGGCAUAG